GACGAUUCGUCCAAAAUAUUAAUGGCAAGCAACGUUCUUGCCCUUCUUUUCCUUAAGCAUCGCGCUUCAUAGACCAUAUGGAGUUAUCUUCGAAAAUUCGUUACUUCAACCUCCAGGAAAACUGUUCGAAGGAGAACUCUCUUCCUUCAUUGUUGAUCACGGCUAAAUAUUCCAUGGAACGUGGAGCCAGAAUAUUGAUAAGGAUCCGAGCAUAUUUGGUAGAGAGAGGAAAACAACUCUGCUUACGAUAGCACAUUGGUCUCACACUAUAACUGCUUACAGCUUCAAAAGUCUUGGUAGUGGUGCUUGGUAGGGUUCUCUCUUGUUCUUAAUUCCCCGAGGACUUGGAGCCGCGCGUGUGCAAAUACUUAUCUGAUAAGCAGUGUCUAUCGGCUGGAGACCCGCAGCGCAGCGCAGCGCACCGCACCACUGUACACCGCAUCAACCCCAUCCGCGGGUUCGAUACCGGGUAACGUCAGAGCAUAAACUGAGGAUCGUGCCCCUCUCCCCCGGAUGGCUGACGUACGGGAUGCGGGUCAUAUGCAUGGAGGGACGUCGUCCUCAUUGACUGAUAUCAGAAUCAAACCGGAUCAUGAGAGUAUUGCUACCAUUGAUAGGGAUAGUCCAGUCCCGAACAAAAGGCCGAGGAGUAGUAGAGAUAUAGCCGCGAUGAAGAGGAGGUGUGUUUCCACAGCUUGCGUCGCAUGUAGGAAACGCAAGUCCAAAUGCGAUGGGAAUACGCCAAGUUGCGCAGCCUGCUCAAGUGUAUAUGGGACUGGUAUGCUCAUCUGAUAUCUUAUAUUGAUCCAAUGCCCAUUGGACAUUCAAACCUAGUUGGGUUCCUGAGCUGACAUUUUGGAUCAACAGAAUGUGUAUACGAUCCAUUAUCGGACCAUAGAAGGAAAGGGGUAUACAAAGACAAGAUUGAUAGUCUCAAGACCCGGAAUUCCACCUUACAAACUUUGAUACAAGCGAUAUUGAAUGCCGCCGAGGAGGAUGUACUAGAUCUGGUUCGCCAAAUUCGGACGUGCGAGAGUCUCGAUGAUGUAGCAGAGAACAUUUUGAAGCAAGAGCAAGCACUCGAAGAGGGAGAUGAUGAUGUUUACGAUAACACAUCAUAUACGACAAAUAAUUUGCCGAAUUUCGAGAGUCAGUUGUCGGGAAAGAUGGGUGAAUUGAGAUUGGAAAAUGGAUCGGUGAGGUUUUUGGGUGGCACCUCAAAUUUGAUCUAUCUUGAUGCAGCAGACGUUGAGGAUGGGGAUGCGUCAGAAACUACUCAACAAGAAGAACCUCUCUUGUCGUGGACUACAGUUACGAACGAUACAGAGGUUAUCGUGCAUUUGAUUAAUAUGUAUUUCACAUGGCAUUAUCCAUACUUUACGACAUUGAGCAAAUCUCUGUAAGGUUUUCUUUUUCAUACUCCUCGAUCCACACCUCACUCCUUUCAAAUCCUUAUUACUUCCUCGUUUUGUUCCAGGAAUUACUGACUUCUUGGUGUCACCAGAUUUUAUCAAGACUUCCUUUUGGUAUGCCUACUCCUGUCCAUGAUUUUCAACUUGCUUGCCUACUUGCGCUCAUUUCCUCUUCCCUGGGACCGUGUUUCUCGAAACAAGUCUAAUGGUUUCUGGAUUUAGGGCAAACCUCCAGGCAACCCAAAAAGAACAACGUACUGUUCAUCAUUAUUGGUUAGUGAAGAUUCAACUCUCUAUUCAACAUCUUCUCACUUCUCCAGGUUAAUGCUAUGCUGGCUCUGGGGUGUCAUUUUACAAAUUCCCCCCAAGCUUGUGCUGAUCCAGGAGAUACAGCAACUAAAGGUGAUCAUUAUUUCGCGGAAGCUAAACGACUGAUUUUUGAAAACGAUGAGUACGAAAAGCCAAGAUUGACCACGAUACAAGCACUUUGGUGAGAUAUCAUCACGCGCUUCUAUAUGCGUUUCUAACAUCGCUUAGCCUUAUGUCGGUUCGUGAGGCUGGCGGAGGGCGAGAAGGCAAGGGGUGGGUUUACUCUGGAAUGGCAUUCCGAAUGGCUCAAGAUAUGGGUCUUCAUCUGGAUCCUGGAAUCAGUAAAAGCAAUACAAACGAAUGUCCUAUUGAUGAGAAGGAGAUUGAUGUCAGAAGAGUCACAUUUUGGGGCUGGUAUGUUUGUCUAAUCGCUUCAGUACAUCCUUUGUCACAUCUGAUUUGUUGCUCUAUCUCAAUCUCUCUUUUUGCGCCCACAGCUUUAAUUUCUCACUUUGCCUCUGAAAAUCAAAUUGAGAGACAUUAGCUAAAUUUUCCCAAUAGCUUUCUGUUCGAUAAAUGUUUUUCGAAUUACUUAGGUAGACUUCCUCAGCUAUCGGUGACUGAGAUUACGGUCCCCAAAUAUGACGUAAAAAAAUUCGACGAUGAUGAAAUUUGGUCACCCUACACAGAUAAUGGAAUAGGCCAAUUACAUUCCCAACCAUCAAGGACAAGAGCUGUAGCUUUACAAAUUUCCGGUCUCUGUGAAAUUAGUAGUGAUCUUCUUACAUUUUUCUAUCACCCGCAACGUGUGGAAAGGGGUGUUGGAAGAUCUCAGGAGCUGAAGAAGCUUAGCGAGUUACAAACGAGACUCGAGGCUUGGAAAAGAGAUUUACCAAAGGAAUUUGAACCGAAGGAAGGACAAUUACCUAAUGUCCUUCUAAUGCAGUAUGUGUUCCCUACUGUAUCCAGUGUAUUCAAUACUGAUUUGAAAUAGCAUGUUCUUUCAUCUCCUCUAUAUCCACUUGUUCCGUCCUUUCCUCAAAUACAAUCCAAGUACAUCACCUUUACCGACACAUGUAUCUCCUCGAAAACUUUGCACGCAAGCAGCUAGUUCAAUAUCCAAAUUGAUGCGCCUUUACAAGCGCAUAUAUGGGCUUCGACAAAUAUGCAAUAUAGCAGUCUAUAUUGUUCACUCUGCUUGUACGAUUCACCUCCUAAAUCUUCCUGAAAAGACUGCGAAGAGAGACAUAAUCCACGGAGUAAAGCAUCUCGAGGAAAUUGCCGAUGAUUGGCUCUGCGCACGUCGCACUCUCUCAAUACUCUCCGUGUUGGCUCGGAAAUGGAAUAUCGAUCUUCCGGCGGAAGCAUCUGCUAUAUUCUCCCGUACUGAUAGCAGGUUUGGGCACUUCUCGACAGCCGAUGUUCCAUCACCAAAAGCAGAAGUAAUAGUACACACCCCAUCAUCAGCAUCAUCGCCUGCUCAUUUCCAGACAUCUCCGCAUCCACAAUCACUUGCAAGGAAUCAAAGCCACUUACAAAAGAGUCUCUAUAGCUAUCCUACCGAUUCAAAAGUCCCACUUACUAAUAACUUGAUGAACGAUAUAUCAACAGAGUCUUCACUCACCGGACUCCAUAAUAUCGUGUCGGUACAACGAGAUCAUCCAGAUCCUAUUUCAUAUUCUACACAUGUGUCACCCGUCUCUGCAUAUCACCCCGCUCAUACAAUUUAUACCCAUCCAGCCCAAUCUUUCAGUCCCAGUAUCGCAAAUGGCGCUUCUAGAAGUAACAACAGUCCAUUGACUAGUGGAAAUAGACAUGUUAGCCCGAGCACGAUGUUUGGGGGUGUGGAGCAGUUAGUUCAGAGUCAGGAUUGGUGGUUGCAGGAUCAAGUGAGUUUAGCAGUUGGUUUUGAGAACUGGAUGGGUGGAGGUAUUGGUGUUAGUGCUCCUGGGCACGGGCAUGGUCAUAUUAAUAGUCAUAGCUUGAGUGGUGAUGUAGGCGACGCGACGGAGGAUCCAUUUUAUCAUAAUCACAACACGAAUUCUGGGGAUGGAGGGGGUAACGCGGGUGCGGGGAAUGAAAGGGGCGCUAAUGGCUUUUGGGGAUGACGAGCGGUUCUCGUGAUCGCUAGAAGUGUUUUUAUAUGAUAUGACAACAACCGUAUGGAGUCGAGAAAGAAUUCUUUCGGGUUUUCGCAGGGGUGGUCGUGGUCAUGGUCAUAAUGACAUGUCCGGAGCGGGAACAGGAGUAUGUAUUCAGCGUAGGAGUUUUUGGCUUGCUUUGUUCUUGUUAUACUAGGAUCAUUAUCAAGGAUUGAAAUGAGUAUGGGUGUAUCAAUGAAUAUACAUAGAUGUCUCAUAGGGUAUGGUGGUUCAGGAAAGGAUGGGGCUUGUUAGUAACAUAUUCGGAAUAGAAAAAGCAUUCGAUUUUUCCAAUUAUUUUUAUCUUCGAAUUGAAA